AUGGCCGAGUCUGCUCCCGCAAAGGCCCCUGCGGCCGCCGACGCCCAGUCUUCGCGCCCGACCCGCCCCGACGAGAAUGCCUUCAAGGAGGCUGUCGCCGGCGCUGAAAAGGCGCACAAGGCUUCCAUGGACCGAUUGAACGCCGUCAAGGCCAAGAUCGAAAUCGCCAUGCCCAACAAGAACAAGGACCAGCCCAAUCCCACCCAGAAGCGCCGCCAGGAGCUCAUUGCCCAGGCCAACGAGAUCCGCCAGAAGCAGGCCGGUGGCAAGAACGCCCGCACCUCCAAGCUCGACCAGAUCAAGCGUCUCGACGAGCAGGUCCGCAGCCGCGUCGCCGAGCAAAAGACGGCCAAGGCAAAGGUGCCCUUCAAGAGCGCCGACGACAUUGACGACCAGAUCGCCAGCCUCGAGAAGCAGGUCAACUCGGGCACCAUGAAGCUCGUCGACGAGAAAAAGGCGCUCAGCGACAUGUCCAACCUGCGCAAGAUGCGCAAGAACUUUGGCCAGUUUGACGACUCGCAGAAGCAAAUCGACGACCUGCGCGCCAAGAUCAAGGACAUCAAGGACUCCAUGGACGACCCGGAGCAAAAGGCAAUGUCGGAGCAGUACUCGACCAUCCAGGCCGAGCUCGACGCCAUCAAGGCCGAGCAGGACGAGGCCUACAAGGGCAUCAACGGCCUCCGCGACGAGCGCUCCAAGCUGCAGGCCGACCAGCAGGAAAAGUACGCCGCCAUCCGCAAGAUCAAGGACGACUACUAUGCCCAGAAAAAGGCCUUCCAGGCCUACGAGCGCGAGGCCCGCGACAAGCAGCGCGAGCGCCGCAAGGCCGAGCAGGAGCAGUACCAGCGCGACCGCAAAAAGGCCGUCGCCGAGCGUGUCCUCGCAGAGGCCAGCGACCCGGCCUACCUCGAGGAGAUCCGCCGCGCCCACAGCCUGCUCCGCUUCCUCGACCCCAGCCACAAGACGGAAAAGGGCCCGCUCAUGGCCGACAGCGGCCUCGGCGCCCAGGCCCAGCGCACCGUCGACGGCUCCGGCCUCAAGGGCACCCGCCUCGUCCGCAAGGAGGAGCGCGAGGACGAGUACCUGCCCGCCGCUAAGAAGGGCAAGAAGGGCAAGAAGGGGGGCGCUGCCGCCGGCGCCGCCGCCGCGGCGCCGUCAAAGUUCUUCAGCUGCCCGCCGUCCGUCGUGGAGGACUGCGGCUUCAUAGGCGUCGACCCGCCCAUGAGCGGCGACGACGUCCCCGGCGUCAUCGAAAAGGUCAGGGCCAAGCUGGACCACUGGCAGUCGGACCAGACGGCCCAGACUCAGCGAAACAUCGAAAAGGCCAAGCUGGAGAUUGAGAGGCUGGAAAAGGAAGAGGCCAACGGCGUCAACGGCAACGGCAGCGACAAGGUGGACGAGGUCACAGCCGGCGUCAAGGACGCCUCCCUUGCCGACAAGCAGGAGGCGUAG